AUGUCGCGAAAACUAUCAGACUGGGGCUCAACUCCUUCCGCUGCACCUGUUCCGAAUCUUUCUCUUGGCGACUUUGCUCCUGAGAAAACCCAAUCGCGAAUUUCUGCUGAUGGUUCUCGUUGGGUCGUGACCAUGGAUUGCCGAAAUUUCCAUCCAGAAGACAUUUCAAUUCGAACGAUCGGAGCCGCAGUUGAAGUUCGGGCUAAGACUGUUCAAUCGUCUGAGAACGACAGCAAUAUUGUCCGAGAAUUCAACAGAAAAUAUCAUCUUCCCGAAGGCCUCGAUCCUCAGCUUGUUGAAUCUACUCUCACUUACGAUGGAAUGCUGAUCAUCAGCGCUCCCCUUCCAAAUGCCCGCCCUCUUCAGUCCAGUGCCUCUGAUCCUGAACAAACAAUUCGACUUCGACCAGUCAUUUCCUAA